AUGGAGUUGGAGCGGACGUUUGGGAAUUUACACUUGUCUCGCAAUUGCAGCACCAGAAAUGAUUUGCCUGAUGAGAAGUCUUUGACUGAUCUUGUCGACAUUACUGAGCUAUUCUUCGAUUUGGGAAAAGAUUUAUCUCCGCAGACCAUUAUACAGGACCCAGGGUUUAAUUCUUUUGAGGGAACUCACUCGCUGGAGGUCAACAAUGCAAAACUGGAUUCUUCGCUGAUCAGUUUAACCAGUGAAGAAAAGCGAUUCAGUUGCGAUGUAGCGUGUGGUGAUACCGCUGUGGAGCGACUGACGUAUGUUACGGCUAUCUUGGAUAGGCUUGCGAGGUUUCUUGUGUGCUGGCUGAAUGAGUACCAAACGUUACCGACUACGGUACUAAGUUGCCGGUAUGUGGAGUUCCUUCUAACAAUCUCUUCCGAGCGAGAGGAAUUGAGCUAUUUGCGAACAGGAGAUCGGUUAUAUGACCAGGUCCUCUGUGAUGCAAUCUACGGUAUCUGUUAUUUCGCCAAGUUUGUACAAAAGCUGCUAAAGGCUGGGGUGGUAUUUGAAGAAGAGGACCUGAACUUCAACCACAUGGGUUUGGACUUCUUGAGCUAUGUGGAAGAUCGGGAACUAAUUUUGGCGCGAUUGCAUCGCAGUAUCGAUUAUGUUGAGUCUUUACAGAGCCAAGAAAGCGCCUUUUUACAGCAUCUCUUGAAAUUGAUUUGCAGUCUGGUGUCCCUAGAAAGCCAUUUGACGGCGUACUCGGCGGAUACUACAGGAUUGGAUGAUCUCAUUGCAGAAGCGACAUAUCUGGAGCAGCAGCGCUCAUCAGAAUGUGAUCCCCCGUCUGGUUGCUUCUCCAUGGGCAUUCAGAGAAGAUUAUCUAAUCAGUUUCCUCCCAAGCACUUAGUGGUACCGACUUGGAACUAUAGAGGGUUUGUGGUCAUGGCCGAAGACAUAAAGGCGGUCCUAAUGGUUGACAAGGCCGCCAGUAUGCUGGAAGCAGCACAACUUGCCAGUUUCUUCAAUAAGUUAACUCAAAGGCAUGUGGUUGCAAGAGCCUUAUUCCCUCUCUUUUUCAUCAGGGAUGAUGAAAGAGUUCUAGGUAGAUAUUCUGCCUUUGAUUGCAUCAGUCUGCAUUUGAAGGAAUUUUGUGCCACAGCUACAGCUUCCACCACAGUACUUUCUCCUCAGAUGAGGCCUGUCCUGCAAGAAGCUACGAACAUAAUUUUCGAAUGGUACCAAAAUAUGGCUCAAAAUACAUCCCGGUACAGGCAAGGAUACAACAGGCAACUGCUGUUAUGGGAUGCACUGCACGCACAAAUGGAGAGCUGUGAGUAUGACAUCGCAUCUCAGACCGCCGGUGACGAGCUUGCCACCACAACGGGUAUAUUCAUGGCGUGCUCCUCAUGGGUAUUCUUGAUGAAGAUUACCGCCAUGAUCGAAUAUGUGUUGAAAGGCUUUGAUUUGGAAGUUUAUAAACCAUUCGAGGCCUUCGCCAUGUUCUGGUAUUCAUAUUACCUCUCAUAUCAACAGGAGUCGUGUUUGGAAAAGGUUCACGAAGUUAUCGAAACGAAGAUAAACUCUAUCCACUCCUUGGGCAAAAAGAUCAAGAAACAGAAAAACGCCCAAAAGAAGAUUGAGCUGAAAGCCCAAUACCGCCAUCUUAUGGACAAUAAUAUGGAAUCUUUGCGAACAAAUAAGCGCUACGUGAGUUAUCUGUUUAUGCACAGCUCGAUUGUAAAAUCACUAUCUUUGGCUCAGGUUCUUCAGUUUUCGAUCCUCAAGUCUUUCGGUGUCAUCGAUAAUAAAACAUCUGCAAGCGGAAUCUUUUCCAGCGAUAGAUUGUUACUGGAACUUAGACUCAAGCCCUUUUCUUCUAUUGGUGUUCCCGAACUGUUGACUUACGAAGCCUUUGAAUCCACUCUAAAUGAUUUCCUGAUCACAGAGCCUAUGUUUUCUUCUAAACUGGACAAAGCACUACAACGUAUCAGUAAAGAAGUCAGUAGUGCCCUCACCGCCAUUGACACGAUCAAGAAAUGCAUAAAUGCAGGCGAUAAUAACGGCCUUCUCGUCACUGGUACUAGACUGGUCAAGGAGCAGGCCUUAAAAUACUACGAUCAAUUGCAAGCUUCCGCAAAAGCAAUCGAACUAAACAGCACCACCAUUGCCGGUAAAUUGGGUAGAUCAAAAUCUUCAAGCACAAGCGACAAGUUUAGUGUACGACUAAGUGUGCCCAAGGAUGCUUCAAGAUUCUUCCCUCUACUAGAACUGACCAAGACAAAGACCAAGCGAGCAAAGUGA